GUCGGUCAGUGGGAGUCGAAGUUGCCAGAGAGGAGGAUGAAGUUUUUUGGUCCGCAGCUGCUGGAGUGAGUGAGAUGAUCGAGGAGGAACAUGGAAGACUUUCUACUUCAAGUCUUCUUCUGAGCGGACCGGACUUGGACGACUAAAUCACCUUGGAUUUGAUUUUGGAUGGAACAAAAGGAUUUGGUCUUAGUUGGAGCACUUUGACUCAUCCUCGGGUGACCUGGAGAUCGUUUGUCUCUCUCGGGAAGGUUCUUGGACAUGUUGAUCCAGUAGGUCUUUGUCCAUCAUCAUGCUGCUGGUUCUGAUUGUGGUCCUGAAUUUGAGCCGGGGGGCUCGUGGCUCCGAGCCCUCGUCCAUAACUGUCCAGUACCGCAUGUGGGAGGAGCAGCCUGUGGGAACUCGGGUCGGCCGCCUGGUGGACGACCUUUGGCAGAUGGACCAGGUGGGUCCCCUAGAGGACUUCCAGGUCGUGGAACACGGCAGAACCCUUCCCUUUUCUGUCAGCGCCCGAGAUGGCCUUGUCUCCACCCAGGGACGUUUGGACAGGGAGGAGUUGUGUCGUGGCUCCGAUUUGUGCCAGGUGGCCUUCAGUGUUCUCUACAAAAAAAGCGGCGCAGUGAACUGCCUGCGGGUUCACGUGGAAGUGAUGGACCUGAAUGACCACAGUCCCAGGUUUGCCAGUCCAGCACAGGAAGUGGAGAUCUCAGAGACGGCCAGCCUACGAAUGAGAAUCCCGCUGGAAUGUGCGGUGGAUCUUGACGCAGGCGCCAACGGUCUUCAGACCUACUCGCUUUCUGUCAAUCAACACUUUGCUCUGGAUGUGACAACUGCCCUGGGCGGGACUAAACAGGCGGAGCUGGUGGUGAUCAAAGAACUGGACAGGGAAGUGCAGGCAUCCUUUGACCUCAUCCUGGUGGCAUGGGACAAAGGGAACCCUCCGAGGUCUGGGACUACCUUAGUCCAUGUUAGCAUUCUGGACUCAAAUGAUAAUAGUCCUACUUUUGAGGAAAAUACCCCUACCGUGGAGAUACCUGAGAACACGGCCCGAGGGACAACCAUCAUCCACCUUAAAGCCACUGAUCCGGACCAAGGUGCCAACGGGGAGGUGGAGUACUCGCUGAGUAAGCACACGCAACCUGAGGUUCAGAGGCUGUUCUAUGUGGAUCCACAGAGCGGGGUUGUGAGUGUCAGAGCCCCUUUGGAUUACGAGGCCCAGUCCUCCCACGAAGUCAUCGUACAAGCCCGAGACCGUGGACCUAACUCCAUUCCUUCGCACUUCAUGCUCCAUGUCAAGCUAACAGACGUUAACGAUAACGCCCCCAGGAUACACAUGACCUGGACUCAUCCCAACUCGGCUGCUGCGACCGUGCUGGAAGGAGCCCCGCCGGACACCUUCCUUGCCCUGGUCAUGGUUUCUGAUGCGGAUUCAGGAGACAACGGGAAAGUGACAGCAGUCAUGCCGCAGAGUUCCGGCCCGUUCCGCCUUAAAAAGGUACACGGAGAAAACUACAUGAUCGUAACUGCUGGUCCCCUGGAUCGGGAGAAAGUGAUGGACUACAACGUCACACUUCUGGCGCAGGAUUAUGGAGAUCCGCCGCUGUCCUGCGUCAAACACCUGCCUGUUCAUGUACUGGAUGAGAACGACAACGCGCCAGUUUUUUCAUCCUCCGUCUUCAAAGCUUCCUUCGAGGAGAACAACCUAGCGGGCUAUCGCGCACUCAAAGUAGAAGCGCAUGACGCCGACUUGGAGCUGAGUGGCAGAGUCUUGUACUACAUUCCCAACUCCACUCAGACCUUCUCCAUCCACCCCACAAGUGGCGUAGUCAACGUCCUUCAACCUCUAGACUACGAAGAGUCACGUUCCCACUCAUUCCUGGUGGAAGCCGUGGACCAGGGCCAUCCGCCUCAUAGGACCGUGGCCACGGUGCAGAUUGACCUCCAGGAUGUGAACGACAACUACCCGGUCAUUAAGGAGCCCAGACCCAAAGAGGGUGUGGCUUUCAUAAGCGUUCCAGUGGAUGCAGACCACGGGGAGAUUGUGACCGAACUAGAAAGUGACGCUGAGGAAGAAUCGAGCGGUUUUCCCAUGGAACAGUCAGUCCGAGAUGGAUUCGAUGGAUUUCUUGUGUCUACAAUAAAGGCUGAAGAUUCUGAUUCAGGACUGAAUGGACGACUCCAGUUCUUCAUCAAUGGCGGAAACCCACACGGGCUCUUCUGGUUGGACCAGACCACGGGCCGACUGUUUGUGAACACUUCCAAUGCCACGGAGCUCAUUGGGAAAACCAUCAAAAUACACAUUUCUGUGUCUGACAUGGGGACCCCCAGCUUGACCACCAAGGCCACACUGGAAGUGGCCUUCAUCAACCUCAAAGACCACUUGAAGAACUCGUCUCCUGGCAACCGCGGACGGCUCAGCUUCACCGUGAUGAUGGCCAUCUGCCUGGGGGCGGCAUGUCUGCUGCUGCUUCUAGCCGUCGCCCUUGUCACCACAUUCUGUCGGCCCCACAAACGGGAGAACCGGGCGUACAACUGCAGGCAGGCCGAGUCGACGUACACCCGCCAUCCUCGACGCCCGCAGAAGAACAUCAGGAAGUCGGACAUUCAGCUCAUUCCUGUCAUCAGGGAACGCAAAGAGGGUCCUCCUCUGAACGAGAGUGAGACGACACCGCUGACUCCGGCGACGACACUGGACCAAGAACCUGAGAGACACUUUGAUUUUACGCCCUUAAUGAUCAACUCCAGCUUCCGCUCCCAAAAUCACCUUGAAGGGGAUGCCCCUCAUACCAGGACACUUCGAAAACCCGGAAACAUUGAGCUGGACGGCACUUCACAAACUUUGACGCCCGCGACAUCAUAUCGGACUCUUCGGAAGGCCAGAAACCAGUCCUCAUCCUCUCUGGCAUCCCGUUCCAGCACCUUGAAGCGGGAGAAAGCCGACACCGCGAGCUCCACGCCUCAGGCGACUCUCAGGAGGCCGAAAGCUCCGGAGACUCAAGAACCGUACGACGCAGAACACCGGCGGAUGCUCCGGAACCUGGUACGGCUGUCCAUGGCGGCGUUCGCAGACUCCAUCGAGCUCUCCUCAGCCUCCCCGGAAGUGCAGCAGAUCUCGCAGCUCCUCUCCCUGCUUCGCCAAGGUCAGCUGCAGCCUAGACCAAACUUCCGGGGAAACAAAUUCUCUCAGCGCGCCGCCGGCAGGUAUGCAGGCCAGGACAGUUCAGAUUGGCAGAGCACCAAAGACAGUGGACACGGCGAGAGUGAGGCCGGGGACGUGGACUGGGAGGCAGGGAGAGACUCGCCCAUCGACCCGCAACUUGAGGAGGGGCUUAACAACCUGCUCAACAACGCUGAGGACGUCUUCUCGGAUGUCAACGACCCGGCGUGGAUGGCCCGCCUCUCGGUGACGCUGUCUGGAGAUUACCAUGACAACGUCUUCGUCCCCAACGCGCCGCCGUCCUCCGACUGCGAGCUCCUCCCCCGCGCCGGCUUGGACUCGUCGUCCUCCUUCUCCACCUUUGGUAAAAGUCCGGAGAAGGACGGCCCACUGGGCGGAGCCUUGUUGUCGGAGGUGAGCACGCUCUUCGAGAUGCUGAUGACCCAGAAGGCCGACGCCCACCCCGGCCCCCGAGCCGACGUCCUCUACCGGCUGUCCUCGGCGUGCCGGCGCUCGCUGGACUCCGACGGCAACAGCGGACCAAUCAGGGGCCUGGCCCCGCCCCCUGCGCGCUUUUAACACCGGAAACAAAGAGAAAGAGAGGAGUCAUGUGAUCAGAGAGCAUACUUGUCGAUUUAAACCUGGGGUGUCCAAAAUGUGGCCAUUUUCAGCCCCUAAAUAAUGUUUUAACAUCUUCUGCUUAUCCGAAGUCGGGUCGCGGGGGCAGCAGCCUAAGCAGGGAAGCCCAGACUUCCCUCUCCCUAGCCACUUGGUCCAGCUCCUCCAGACCUUCUAAAAGAGAGGAACCACCAUCCCGGUCUGCCAGUCCAGAGGUACCGCCCCCGAAGUCCACGCGAUGCUGCAGAAUCUUGUCAACCAAGACAGCCUCACAGCAUCCAGAUCUGUGGUCCUCAGUGGAAAAUGCUUGGGCACCCCCGAUUUAAAGGCCUACUGAAACCCACUACUAUCGACCACGCUUUGCAACACAUGCCAAUAGGACCUUUUUAGUUCACUAAAUUGCGAUUUUUAAUUUUGCGCAAAGUAUCCUGUUGAAAACAUCGCAGUAUGAUGACAGAUUGUAGAGGACAUUUUGUUCCAGCACCAAUCCCGGCUAUAAGUGGUCUGCUUUAAUCGCAUAUUUCCACAGUAUUCUGGACAUCUGUGUCGCUGAACAUUUUGCAAUUUUUUUUAUUUAAUAAUGGAGACGUCAAAGAAGAAAGCUGUAGGUGGGAAGUGGUGUAUUGUUUCCUUGUUUACAUUCCCGAAAGAUGACGGUGAAGCUUUACUACGGAGCAGAGCGGUCAAGUGAACAUGGUUCCCUACCACACGUCAACCGGCAGAUUUCGAUGAGAAAAUGGUGAUAAUAAGUCGGCUCUUACCGUAGACAUGAGCGGAGAGCUUGCGUCGUUCCUCCUGCACCCGUCAAAGAGGCAGCUGCGGACUCUCUUGAAAACGUCGCAGUAUGAUGACGCGUGCGCGUGAUGUCGCGCAUUGUAGAGGACAUUGGGUUCCAGCCCCGAUCCCAGCUAUAAGUCGUCUGCUUUAAUCGCAUAAUUCUACAGUAUUCUGGACAUCUGUGUCGCUGAACAUUUUGCAAUUUUUUUCCAUUAAUAAUGGAGACGUCAAAGAAGAAAGCUGUAGCUGGGAAGCGGUGUAUUGCGGCCGCCUUUAGCCACACAAACACAGCCGGUGUUUCCUCGUUUACAUUCCCGAAAGAUGACGGUGAAGCUUUCCUAUGGAACAGCGAACAUGGUUCCCUACCACAUGUCACCCGGCUGGUUUCGGUGAGAAAAUGAUAAUAAAAAGUCGGCUCUUACCGUAGACAUGAGCGGAGAGCUUGCGUCGUUCCUCCUGCAGCUGCGGACUCUUUUGUCUUCUCCGACCGGCUGCCUCCGAACAUGGGAUGCUUCCACCGUGGAGGAGGGAAAAAAUAAAUAAAAAUCAGCCCGGCCCUAACGGCUGCCUUCGCUUCGCCUCGUCGAGAAACAUGGCUUCCCUCAGAAGUGAAUUAUUUUUGUGAAGUGAAUUAUAUUUAUAUAGCGCUUUUUCUCUAGUGACUCAAAGCGCUUUACAUAGUGAAACCCAAUAUCUAAGUUACAUUUAAACCAGUGUGGGUGGCACUGGGAGCAGGUGGGUAAAGUUUCUUGCCCAAGGACACAACGGCAGUGACUAGGAUGGCGGAAGCGGGAAUCGAACAUGCAACCCUCAAGUUGCUGGCACGGCCACUCUACCAACCGAGCUAAACCGCUCAGAGACACUGGCGGUCACCACAACCCUCCGACUUUCACUAAAACGCUAAAACACAAUAAGCAGAUAAGGGAUUUUCCAGAAUUAUCCUAGUAAAUAUGUCUAAUAACAUCUGAAUCGCUCUGCCGUCUAGUAUUUCUUUUUUCUCCUAGUCCUUCACUCUCACUUUCCUCAUCCACGAAUAUUUCAUCCUCGCUCAAAUGAAUGGGGAAAUCGUGGCUUUCUCGCUCCGAAUCGCUCUGGCUGCUGGUGGCCAUGAUUGUAAACAAUGUUCAGAUGCGAGGAGCUCCACAACCCGUGACGUCACGCGCACAUCGUCUGCUACUUCCGGUACAGGAAAGGCUUUUUUUAUUAGCCACCAAAAGUUGCAAACUUUAUCAUCGAUGUUCUCUACUAAAUCCUUUCAGCAAAACUUGCCAAUAUCAGGAAAUGAUGAAGUAUGACACAUAGAAUGGAGCUGCUAUCCCCGUUUAAAUAUUUCAGUAGGCCUUUAAAGAUGUGUUACAUUGUAAUCUUGCAGGGAGGAAGUAGAACACGACUUAGUUUGCAGGUGUCAGUGUCAACAAAACUAAUACUGGGGUCUAUUCUUUAGUCCUCUAAAGUCCUGAAUAUGUCCCCCAAAGACAAUAAAUCCACUGCAGACAAUAUGACAAAACACAUUUAUAGGGAAGACUUACAAUACAUUUUUUCUCACCAUCUUUAUGAGCUUUAGUGCUAACACUUGCAACUUUUUUUGGCCCCAUGGUGGAAUAUUUAAUAAUUAUUUCAAAAGCAAGAGAGCAUCUUGCAAUGUUGACAUCAAACACGGAUGACGGCAGGAACCGUGGGCACCCCGCUAGUGGUUAAGGUAGCGGUCAACAUAGUGGUUAACGUAGCCUGCAGCCUUCCGAGUGGCAGGAAGUGAUUAAUGGGACGUUUGUUGGGAACAAUGAAGGGGGAAACAGGAAGUAGUUUCAUAAAAGAAUGUUUCUGUGUGGCAGCUAAUGACCACAAGACCACUUUGAUGUUUUUUUUUUACUUCUGGAUCCAACAUGAAAGUUAAGGGGGGGGGGUUUAUCCUGCCAUGGGGGGUCUCAGACCUGCUGAGAACACAUGUGGACCACGUUUAAGUUUCAAUUAGUGGACCGAAACAAAAAGAACAGCACUUUGUACAUAUUUUUGUGAAGUAAUCUACUCUUUUUUUUUUAACUUUUUAUCUAAUAAAAAAAUCUUUAUACCAAUCAAAUGUGUAU